AUGUACAUGGCCUUCAUGGGCGGCAAAGACCGCCUUGCGCUGGCAGUCCUGGCAUGGGCCUUGGCGGCCGAAGCCGACGUUGAGCUGCCGGACGUGGUCGAAGAUGUGCAGGCAGUUAGCCAGGUGCAGCCCCCGACGGCUUUCGUGACAGCGCCACCGAAGUUCUUGCCUGAUGCUGCGUACAUCCACAGCAUGCCUCCUGCAGAUUCUUCCGGCCGGAUGCAUUUUUAUAUCUCCGCCAUGGUUCUGUUUUAUGCCGGUGUGGUGGUCUUGGGAACCUUCAUACUUUGGGUGGGCACAAAAUGCAAGAAUUGCAGAUCUGAGCCAGAGCACAUCCUUAGCUCGCUGGAUUCGUUGGAAGAUGGUUCUGAUGCUCCGCAGCUGCCUCCACAGAAAGCAGGGCUGAGCCGAAGGUGUAAGCGGGCGCUCUUUGUGAUCACAUUCAGCUUCACAUACUCUGCAACAUUGGCGGCAGCUUUCGCGAGUGGGGCCACAGGAAGGUUAAGCCAGAAGACAGGCUUAUGUUGGGAAGUUUACCUGAUACUCUUUGGCACCGCUGGUGUAUGGCAGAUUACGCAGGCAAUCAUUGCUGCCGUGAUCCUCCCCAAAGGGCGCAGGUACGGCUUGAAGACAUUCUUCACCGCCUCCCUCAGCGGAAUGUGCCCGAUUAUAUCCGACGCCUACGACACGUUGAAGGACAUGAUCUUGGCAGCCCUCUGCUGGCAGAGCGGCGUGACCUUCGUGCAGGUCAUCGGAAUCCUCAGCUUGGUGGGACCGGGCACGUGUUGUGACGAUCCCUAA